GCUAGUAAGUUGGAGUCUAGCUAGUACCACCACCAGCACCGUUCUUUUCACCGCCAUUUAGUUACUUAACUUAUAUUAUAAGGAUUGUUUUCUUUUUCAUGCCUAUAUAAAAGAAAUGCAGCCAUGAUGUAGAGGGAUCAAAUUUGAAUAAAAUAAAAUAUCUAACCGAAUCACCCGCUUCUCAGAACCGGACCGGCUGAGCCUUCACCCACUCUUCUCACUGUACCGACCUUUCGGCGACUCCCACAAGCCACCGCCGUUUAUCUCUCAACCGUAAGAAUUCAUCAAAAUCGCAUUCUUUAGUUUUCAUAGCUUAAAUGAUUCACUUAUUCAUGCUUAGAUUGCAUGUUUGCUUUCAGAUCCAUUCAUUUCUCAACCUUUUCUCAUUAUUUCUAAGUUAUUCUCAGAUCUUUCUAGUAUGAUAUGAUUCCAAGUAUUUUGAAAUCAGAUGCCAAUUCAUUCCUUUUUAAAAAUCUGUUUUUUAGUUUUUGAAUAGUUCAGAAGACCUUUUCUUACUAUUUUAUUCAUACUUAUUUUUUACCCUUGUUCUUCAAUUUGUUCUAGUUCUAUGAUGACUUUGUUCAAUGCCAAUCAAAUUGAUCGAAUCAGUGACUUACCAAGUAAUGUCAUUGAUGUCAUCCUGGGAAACUUGAGAAUCCGAGACCAAGUUAGGACUAGUAUUUUGUCAACAAAGUGGAGGUAUAUGUGGACUUCAGCCCCACAUCUUUAUUUUGAUGAUGACUUUUAUCAAAGGUUUCUGGUUCUCGAUGACCCUGGCGCUGUAGUUUCUAAAAUCAUCACGGAUGUUGUUAUGCUCCACAAUGGUCCGAUACACAAGUUUUCUAUUUGCAUAUAUGCAGACUUUGAUUUCAAGAUCACCACGGAAGAUAUCAAUUUGUGGAUUCCUUUUAUGUCAAGGGACGUUAAACAUCUCGAGCUUGUGACCCACUGUGUUUUUAAAGAUCCAAUGCCGGAUAUUCUCUUCUCUUGUAAGGAAUUGACUUACUUCAAAUGUAGCUCAUUUAUCUUGUCAAUUCCACCUAAUUUCUGCGGCUUUGAAAAAUUGCUUGAACUUCACUUAGUUUGUGUUGAAUUCGAGUCCAGCGCUCUUGAGAGUCUUAUGUCUGGUUGUCCAUUUCUUGAAAAGCUCGUCAUUGAGUUAUGUGGUGAUUUUGAAUAUCUUGAUAUUUCUUCUCCUACUCUCAAAGUCUUAUUAGUGAAAUUAGAGUAUGAUAUAAAGUCAAUUUGUCUCAAGAAAGCAAAGAAUCUAGUCGAUUUUACACUCGAUGCUAAUUACAACAGCUUAUCUGGUUUGAUCAAAAGUUUGCCAAAAAUUAAGAGGUUUUCUAUGCUCCGUGGAAAAAAGAUCCCAUUAGCAGAUAUCAUUCCCCCCACGCUGCUAACAAGCUCAUUCAGCUCUUUAGAGUAUCUUAAAUUGGAUGAGUUCAAUCUGAAGGAAAGAGGAGAACUUUUGUAUAUUGUUAGUGUUCUCAAAAGUGCUCCUAGGUUGAUUGAACUCACUAUACGACAGAGUGACAACAAUGUUGAUACCAUACAAGUGUUAGACCAUUCAGAAGAGUUAGAAUGCAGUAGUUGGGGCGGCCUUAAACUUCAGACGGUGAAUAUCGAGGUUGAAGCUAGAUCUCAGCAUGCAAUGAGUUUGAUAAAGCUCAUACUUGCAAAUUCUCCAUUGUUAAAGACUCUUACUUUUAAUUAUAGUUCUGAGAAAUUAGGUGCAGUUAUGUUGUUCAGAAUUUCACAAGACUUGUUAUUGAUGAAACGAGCAUCGCCAAGAGCGCAGGUUAAGUUUCUUUGUUCUACCUUUCCACCAUUUGUGUGGUGAGGUGAAAAACGGGUUGCACAUUGGACCACUGUUUCUAUUCUGGUUGUUUGUUGUUUGAGUUUAAAUUUUUGGAUUAUAAAUCGUGAAACUUUUUAAUUA